AUGGCUAACUCUUCUGGCCAGAGAAAUAAUUCAUCUACUUCUGCUACUGCUAAAAAUCCGCCUACUGGUAAUGCUAAUAAUAAUCCUAACACUCGUGGUAGUGCGAAUGGUAAAGCAGUUGCUAAUACCGCUAAUAUAGGACAAGACCAACUUUAUGGUUUCACCCUUAGAGAGGCAGCUGAAGCCUCAUAUGAUGUGGUUACAGAUCUGAUGAAUCGCGUGUUCAAACCUUUUCUUGCUCGUUUCAUUAUUGUCUUUAUUGAUGAUAUUCUGGUGUAUUUGAAGAGCCGUGAGGAACAUGCAGAUCACGAGAGAAUAACCUUAACAAUGCUUGAGGAGAAUAAUCUUUAUAUAAAAUUUUCUAAGUGUGAGUUCUUUCUUAACUUUGUGGCUUUCUUAGACCACAUGGUAUCUAGCGAAGGGUUUGGUGGCUAUGUAGCUUAUUGUGAUGCUUCUUGUCAAGACCCCACCUGA